AUGGCGAAACUUAGAGUGAAAAAACGUAGUGUUGUUUUGAUCCCAUACACUUACCAAGGCCAUGUAACACCCAUGCUUCAGCUUGGGAAAAUCCUUCAUUCUAAAGGGUUCUCUGUCAUUGUAGCUCACCCGGAUUUCAAUUCUCCAAAUCCUUCAAAUCACCCCGAAUUCGUCUUCCUUCCAUUGGAGGCCAAUUUAUCUGGUUUGGACACCUCAAAUGAUAUCCUCGGAGUGAUGUCGGCGAUGAACCAGAGUUGCAAAGCUCCCCUGGUGGAUUACUUGGUUCCAAUGAUCAAGGAUCAAGAGAAGUAUGGUCAAAUAAGUUGUAUUAUCUAUGAUAUUCUUAUGGGCUUUGGGAACUCUGUGGCUGUUCAGUUAAAGAUUCCCAGUCUGGUUCUAAGCACUUGUAGUGCAUUUUACAUGCAAACUUAUCGCAUCGUCUUGAAACUUCAGGCACAAAAUCAGAUCCCUUUGCGAGAGGAGAAGAUGUUGGAGCCAGUCCCUGAGCUCCAUGCACUUAGGUACAAGGAUUUAGUCGCACCUGUUAAUGUUAAAGUUGAUGAUGUAGUCAUGGAUUUCUUCACGGCAAUGGCUAAUAUAGGGUCCUCUGUUGGCAUCAUUUGGAACACGGAAGAAGUUCUUGAUCGCUUCGCAUUGGAAGAAUUCAGGCAAAGUUACAAAGUUCCAUCUUUUGCCAUAGAACAGACAACAGACAGAGGUUUUAUUGAAAGAACUAUCAAAAGGGUCAUGGUGGAUGAUGAAGGCAAGGAAAUUAGGCAGAAAAUGACAGAGCUGAAACAGAGUUUGGAAGUUUCGAUACAGAAGGGCGGGAGUUCUUGCAAGUCAUUGGAUGACUUGACAGAGUUCAUCUGCUCAUUCCCAUUGAUCAAUUGA